GCUUUUGAUAUGUUGACUUACGUGUAUUUGGACAAAAUUACUGAAGGUGGAACCAGCCAGCUUUUUACUGUUUUCAUUAUGCCUCGCUAACGUCACGUGACCAUGUUAUUAUUCUGUUUCCGGGGCAGCGCUGCGUCCCGCCGCCACCAUAAGCAACGCUGCAAGGAACGCUGUUGAAUAUGUCGCUGGGAUCACGUAGAAUCAUAGUUAUCCUCUCAGGUAAUGCGAUCAUGUUUAAGCUGAAGGACUUUGUAAACCAGCGGCUCUCUGCUGCGGCCGUGGAAAUAGUCGAGGAGUUUGAGAAAAUGCUCGAUUUGUAUAAAGCUGAAGUGACUCGGUCGAGAGAAGAGGUGGACAACCUGCGGAAGCAGCUGGACCUCCGGCACGACACAUCAGCUGGAGAAGCUCCAGCGGCCCACAGCACCAUCACUGCAGACGGGUGUGACUCCAUUCUGCUGCAGGAGAAGCUGCUGCCCUCGACACCAGUGGAAAUGGGACAGGAGUCAAACUUCAGUGUGAAGCCUGUAGCUGCUGGACCUUCUCACACCAAUGCUGGUGGAGAAAAUCCUGACUGGAACAACGGCACGCUGCACUCAGACCCUGAAGUGUCACAGGUUAAAGAAGAGCAGGAGGAACUGGGCAUUGACAGUCAAAAACAAGAGGCUGUGAAAAGUGAACAAGAUCAACCAGAGGCAGAAUUUGAAUAUGAAUUGGAGCCGCUCUCCUCAGACUGCUCUCCAGCUCAGAGUGAGAACAGCGACGAUGAGGAUUGGACGGAGAGCAAAGAAGCACAGAAAAGGUCCAAGAAACGAAAAGCAAAGUCAAAACAACGACAGACUGACAGUAGUACACAGGAGGGACGUGAAGUGCUACCUCAUGAAGAUUCUUCUGCCAAAAGUCAACCUGAUGAUCGUAUUUCUUGCCAUUUGUGUGGCAAAAUCUUUCAGUAUUUAGGUCCUUUAAUGAAGCACAUACAAACACAUGACAAGACAGCUGAUUGUCAUGUGUGUAGGAUAACAUUCCAGUCAACAGAGGAGCUGAUACAACAUUUGCAUUUACAAUGUGAAAAACACUUACAGUCUGCUAUCAAGAAAAAACAUUGUUGUGAUGUUUGUGGCAAAACUUUCACCAAAAUGUGUUUGCUUAGAGAGCACACAAAAAUACACACAGGGUUAAGACAGUUUACAUGUCAAGAAUGUGGCAAAGCAUUUAUCCGAAAAAGAGACCUUACUGUGCAUGCUAGGACCCACUCUGGAGAGAAACCAUACAGCUGUGAUGUUUGUGGAAAAGCAUUCAGUCAGAGACCUAAUCUUGUAACUCAUAUUAGAAAGCAUACAGGAGAGAAACCUUAUCAUUGUGAUUUGUGUGGCAAAAACUUCCGGACUAGUGGUCAUCUCACAAUACAUUUGAAAUUCCAUUCAGGGGAGAGGCCGUACUGCUGUGAUAUUUGUGGUAAAAAUUUUCGCCAGAGUGGGGAGGUGAAGAGACACAGGAGAAUACACACAGGGGAGAGGCCAUAUGCCUGCCAUGUUUGUGGCAUGAAAUACAAAUUUGGAGGAAAUCUGAAGGUGCACAUGAAAAUUCACAAAAAGUAAAGUACCGUGAUUUUGUCUACAUUCAUGGAGUAACCCAGCUGCUGACUAUAUUCUGGUUAAGGACUUGACUGACCUAAAAUUUUUGCUUCUAUGACAUGCAGAUAAGUGAAAUAGGUCAAAUUUGCCCCGAUUGUGGCUGUUGUCAGGAUUUUCUCAGGGAGAACAUCAUCUGAGCCUGAUUCAGUAGGAUGAAUCUUACUGCUUUUGUUUGAAAGAAAAUGCUACAUAAAAGUAAAUGUGGCAUAUUGUACAUAACCUAAGUAGUUUUCUUGCUUUGCCCAGUGAAUGUCUUUUUUGAAAAACACUGUAUUUUUCUUCUGCAUCUGCCAGUGGGCAAUCACUGGAGGGACUUGAUGUUCUCUGCAAAUGGGUGGAAAAAAUAUGUGCAUGUAUGGGCACAGCAUCGACAGUCAGCUAAAAGAGUUUGAUAAUAUUGGCAUGUUGGAUGUCAGUAAAUAAUCCAAUAUUGUGUAUCCCUGACUGAGGUGGUUUAAACUUAUACUCUAACCUUGAGAAACCAAGUUAACCGUCAAUGUAAACUCAGACUCACACAGGGUUGUGGCACUGGGUACAUUAUGAUGUCAAAAGAAAAAAAUGUGAGCAAUAUGUAUGGAUACUAUUGCUGCAGUUUCUUCUUUAUUAGAAGUAACCUCUGUCACUGUAGCAGCGGGCAGCCUUCUCCACUUGUUUUCUCUUUGAUUAUAAAAUUUUUUGAUGGAACAACACAGGACAACAAGAAUAUUUCUGUUAUUGUUUUACUUAUUUGGAUUUCUUGACUUUAUCUUCAUGCUUUAUUGUAGCAACAGGCAUCCUCUGCUUUAUACUCGCAUUGUUUAACAUUUUAAUUAAGAUUUAACUUUGUGUCAUUUUUAGUAGGUAGUCUAAAAAUUAUGAAUUCUUGAAGUGUUGAGCUGGUAGAGAUCCCCAAAUCUUUCUUCCAUUUGUCAUGCAUUUCAUUUAAAGAUGUUUGCAUUCACUGCCCGAAAUACAUAAACUUAUUACCUACUUCCUUCCUACUUUCACCAUCUCCCUCUUGCCACAGCAUGCAAAAUCUUUCAAGAUGCCGCUUCCCAUAAUCCACUGCAAAUCUUUGACACCUGCUCAUUGAAAUAAAUGGGGAGCAUUACAUCUGAAAAUUCUGCUUUCAGUGAGGCAUACAGGGUAAAAGUUUGCUCACACCACGUACAGAUUGUGGCACAAAAAACAACAAAAUUUUAAAACAAAAUGUAUUUCUAUGCAGGGGCUGAUGUAGGGAUUUGGGGCCUCAUUUCAAAAUGCUUUUCUGUACAUUUGAAUGAAUUGUUGAUUAUAUUUUGUUUGUGCAUGUGUUUCAUCAUUCUAUACACAAUGCUUAAUAAUCUGAAACCAAUGAUUUGGUUUUCAGUAUUCUUUUCCUCAAGUCCUUUUUCCUCUGUCUUUUCUACCUCUGAUACCUCCCCCUGUCUGUGAUUAUAUGAUGUUUUUAAAACCACCCAUGAAUGACUAUUUUUAAGUGUAUUGAGAUAAAAGUAGAUAAAUUGUUAUGAGAAAUAAACAACAAAAAGAACAGACUGAAAUCAAUAUUAGAUAAAUAAACA